AUGAUCCAUUCAAUUUCAGGUUUGAAAUCGCUUUCUGGCACACAAAGGGCGAUAGGAGAUAUAGCUAAGUUGAAGCUUAUUGCGCGUUUGCGUAACGCCAAGUAUGAUGGGUUUAGGCUAACACACAUUGGGUACGAUUAUUUAGCCUUGAAGUCGAUGUUGAAUAGAAACACGCUAUACUCUGUUGGUUCGACAAUUGGAGUUGGUAAGGAAUCAGACAUUUUUUCAAUAAGUGACCCUCAAGGAGUACAAAAAGUUAUCAAGAUUCACAGACUAGGCCGUACAUCUUUUAAAACGGUAAAAAAUAAUCGAGACUAUUUAAAGAAUAGACAUACUUCGAAUUGGAUGUACUUAUCGCGAUUAGCGGCAGAGAAAGAGUACCAAUUUAUGCAGAUAUUAUAUGAUAAUGGAUUCAAUGUGCCGCAACCAUUUGAUAAUUCGAGACAUUGUGUUAUCAUGGAGUGGAUAGAGGGAAUGCCUAUGAAACAUCUCAACAGCAGUAAUGUCGGUGAUCUUAAUUACAGAAAGUUGUAUUCUGAUCUAAUGAACUUCAUAGUCAAAUUAGCCAAACACGGUUUAAUCCAUUGUGAUUUUAAUGAGUUCAACAUUAUUAUCAGAGAUCAAAAGAAGUCUAUCGAGGGUAAUGACAACUUUGUAGUGAUUGAUUUUCCUCAGUGUGUAUCAAUAGAGCAUGUUGAUGCAAAGGAGUAUUUCGACAGAGAUGUAGAGGGAAUAAGAGACUUUUUUAGAAAGAAAUUUCGGUACUAUCCGCAGCAUGACUCUACCAUGCUUGAUACUGAUGGUUAUGGAGAUGGUUAUAGGUAUGCAUAUCCUAAUUUCAAAAGAGAUGUGAUUCGUGAAGCGCUGUUGGAUGUUGAGGUGCAAGCAUCUGGGUAUGCAAAGAAAACUACAGGUAGAAAAGAAGAAAAGGAUUUGGAAAAAGCAGUAAUGGGUAUGAGAAUAGCUACCAACGAGAACGACGAUCUUUCAGAAGUUGAAAGUGAGGAUAAUAAUGACGAUGAGGAGGAGGAGGAGGAGGAAGAAGAAGAAGAAGAGUAUGAGCUUCAAGGUGAAGAAGAAAGUAAUCACGAUGCAGAAAAUGAAAAAAUAGUAGAAGCAUUGUUGGCUGGCGGUGAGAAUUUGAAAAUGGAUAAGCUAGGUAAUUAUAUUAUAGAGUAG